UUUGUCAUCGCAAGACUAGGAUCACCGACACAUACAUCGUAUCUUAUUCUCCUGACUUGACUGCUUUAGCUUCAUUCUCAGUAUCAACAUUCUCUUUUCUCUUCUAUAUUGUCGCCCGCAGCGGGCUCGCGACUUUGAAACGGUAACGCCUCGCUCAUUCAUCCUAUCUAGCUCGUCCAAGAGUCCAUAAUCUCAUGGAGUUCCCCACCAUGAACAACUUCUGGGAUCUAUCGCAAACUCCAUCUCAGUUCUCUCAGCUUGGCGAUAACGACUUUCUAGCUCUCCUUCAAAAACAAUACCCCAAUACAGUUCCGGACACCAAUGCCACUGACGUUGGCGCCGUAAACCCCCAGAACAUACAGAAUCCUCCUUUGCCAAGUCUUACGCCGCCCUCUGACGAUAGCAGCCCAAGUCCACCAAGUAUUAAUCAUCCACGCUCAAGGCACCAGUCUACUUACUCCCGUGGCAAUGAGAAUGAGGAGUUCGCGCUCAAGCGCAAAGCAAGCGAUGACGACAUGGAGGAGGGUCCAAGUUCAAAGAAUCAACACACUGAUGAUGACCCGAGCAGCAUAAGGAAAGGCUCAGUAUCCAGACGAAAGUCGGGAGGGUCUCAGGAUGACACACGGCUCCUCAAGCGAAAGGAACAAAAUCGUGCUGCUCAACGCGCUUUCCGGGAACGAAAGGAAAAGCAUGUCAAGGAUUUGGAGGAUAAAGUAGCCGCUCUCGAAGCAAAGAAUAAGGACGCGCUGAGUGAAAAUUCUAAUUUACGAGAUCUUCUCGCACGCCUUCAGGAGGAGAACCUUGCUCUCAAGCAAGCUCAAUUCACAUUCUCAAUUCCGAAACCAAUCGAUCAUUCACAGGCUUCUUCAUCAGCAUCACCUCCCACCUACUACACCCCGCCCCCCCCUGCUCCCCGCUCCUCCCCUAAGCCAUUUAGCGACAUUGAUUGGAGUUCAUUGACAACGUUUGAUCCCACGUUGCUCAACGCAAUGGAUGAAAUCCCUUCAGGUCCAAUGCAAGUUGAUUCUUCGACUUCGCCAUAUGGCCAAUAUGCCUUGCCAGCUCCCAACCAGUACAAGACUCUCGCCACUAAUACAUUCUUCAUGUCGUUUGCCGACACCGAUCCCAAUUCGUUCAAUAAUGGUCCUCCCAGCAAUGAAAUCGUUAAUGACACUUCUAACGGUUUGAAUCAAUUCCCGUUCAAUUUCCCCUCAUCUUCGAAUUCCUGGAACAGCACAAGAAAUGGCCAAUCCACAGCAGAAUUCUCACAAUCUGCAGGUCAUUCCGACUAUAUGCAAAACCACACCCUAGACGAGCUUUUCGGCGGGACGUUCAUGAACGGCCAAGGACCCGUUGACUUCAGCACACUAAUGAAGAGUCCUCCCGCACCCACUAUAAGUCCCGUGACACACGCAAACGGGAACGGGAACGGGCAAUCACCACCCAGUAGCAUAUCCUCACAGAACUCCGUGGCUUCCCCCCUUUCCGCACAUCCCUUGUCAUCAUCACCAUCGUCGGCUAGCACGUCAAAUGGUCAAAGUCCAUUCAGCUGGACGAUGUCCCGUCAAGACGCCGAAAGUCCACCCUCGGCUUCCGAAUCGGCAUCUAAUGUAAAUCCCGGAGUGCCUAUGCCACAUUAUACAAGAGAGGAUGUUGCCAAGCAUAUAGUUGCAUCCGGUGACUCACCGUUUACGAGUCCACCAUUCACACAGUCAGUGGUGCGCAAGACAAGUGAUUUCUCCCAAGGUGGGAAUAUAAUCUCUUGCGAGGGCUCACAAUUCCCGAAGACGAAAGAGAGUCCGGCGAAUGUCGAAGUUCUGAAAGCGUGGCGGACAAUUACGUCACAUCCUCAGUUUAAGGACGCCGAUGUCAACCACCUAUGUACGGAGUUCACGAAGAAGGCACGAUGUGACGGGACAAAGGUUGUUUUAGAGCCAGAGGGUGUGCAUCAUAUCUUGGAGACGUUCAAAGCAAAGUCGUUGGCCGAGCAGCAACAACAGCAGCAGCAGCAGCAGCAGCAAACGUCUCCCAGUUCAUCGAACUAG